AUGGACGAACUACUGACCCCGGUCAGCACCACAUAUCUCAAGCCCCGAAAAGAUGCACAGCCGCUCCUAUCCGAAGUCAGUUCGACUAAGAGGGUGGUCGAGAUCCCCAAGAUCUCUCAGGUGGACUCACCGGAUGGUGCUUUGGAGCUUCUUCGAAACCAGCCGGAUUACGAUUCCCUUAUCCAGGUGUUGAGAUACCUCACCAAAGAUGAUGGACAGACGGAUAGCUUCAAUGUCCACGUCCCAGGUCCAAAAGGCGCAGCGAUAAUUCACGUCUUGGUUACAGAUAUCGCUUCCAACUAUUGGACUUUGCUGCAAGAAGGUGGUGAAAAUGACGGCGUUGAAGGCAGUCGUAACGACCUACGUUUGUUUGUGACAUGUUUACAAAGCGUCACCGGCCUCAAUGCCGUACUUUCACAUCUCAAAGCGCUCAUACAAGAGCAAAAGUCUGGAUCCAAAGAAUUAAAGCGACCUGAUCUGGUGCUGCAUAUCAACAUUUUUCUCGACUUGUUGGCGACAAUGCUGGAUGGUGAGAAUGCCAUUCAAACCUUGUGGACAGCUUCAACGGAGAGGCUAGGUGCUCAAACACUGAAAAAGGUGCAAUCUCAGGCACUGCUCUCUUUAAUUACUGGCGGCCGUAUACAAUCUAUCGCCGCAGAAGCAAUUGAAGCUGCUGGAUCAGAAAAUGUUCGCUCCAAUACAACAUGGCCGGCUGAUGGAGCCAAGUUUUCGCAAUGGGUUGGUCAUAAUGUCAUAGCCUGGGCUAAGCUCAUAAGAAGCGAAAACGAAUUGCAUUUCUGUUCAGACAUUUUUCAGCGAGGAAUGUCUCUAGGCUAUCUUGAAACCCUUGUCAAGACAGUCAUUGAUGGUCUGCUUCUUCAAAAGGGAAAUAAUCCCCAGGACUUUGCCAAAGUUUGCUUUGCUCAGCCACAUGGAGCCAGGAAGACCAUGAACAUCCUUUUACAGCACCUUGCUCAGCAAUUAAACAGUCUCGAUUUAGACCAUCCAUCUUCAAGAGGGCUCAUUUCCGCCGUUGCUGGUAUUAUUAACGCAGUCAUAAAAGGCAAUGAUACUCUCUAUAACCAUCUCGUUACCUGGUGUGCUUCAUCCUCUGGUGCUGGUCUAGGAGACGCUGUAGGCAUUCGAAGAGCGAUUCUCGCGGUUGUAGCCCAAAAUAAAGAUGGUAUUACAACUGUGUUUGAGAAGAGCUUGGCCCAGUUUGGGGAUCAAUUAUACAUCAAACAUGCAGCAAUAUUGCAACAAAAUGUCCAUACAGAAGUGUUGCUGCUAAGUGCAGGGUACAUCUCCAGAUUGUCGCCCAUCAAGCUGAGAAUAAUUGUCAGGUCUGGCUCCUACUUGACAGCAAUCUCAAAUCGUAUCGCAGCAACUCAAGCAAGAGCUCGAUUCUUGGGUUUGGUUGUUGGAGAAUCUCUCUCAACCUUGAUGGACGACAAGAGCCAGAAACUUGACUUUCAUAUGGAAGAGACAGAGAGCGAAGAGGCUCAGUGGAUAAAAUCUCUCACCACCAUCUCCGAUGAAGUUGGCUCUAUUGAACCUAUCCUCAAGACAGAAUUUACAGGACUACCAGUGAAGAAGGAGACCCGACCACCUCAAAAACGAACGCACAAGCCAAAACCAAAGCCAAAAACAAAACCCGAGCCCAACAUCUCAACCAUCAAACCCAUAGCUAUCAUCGAAGAAAUUGAUUCCUCAGACGAUGAAGAAGAUCUCGUCCCUUACGCCAAAGGUUCUGACCCAGAAGAUUCCGACGACGACGCCACGUUAGUCCAACGCAAUAAACCAAAGGCCCCCGUCUACAUCCGUGAUCUGAUCCUAUAUCUUCGCGACACAGAGUCCUAUGACAAACAAAAGUUGGCUUUGCAGAGUGCACCGCUCUUGAUUCGGAGGAAAGCAAACUUUGGCAUGGAAGUGAGCUCACACGCGGAUGAGCUCGCCGGCUUGUUUGUUGGACUGCAAGACAAGUUCGAUAUAGAAGACUUUUCGGAUUUAAAACUUCAGGGUAUGAUGGCUUUGAUCGUCGCUCAGCCGAAAUCCAUGGCCCCCUGGUUCUCCCGGACCUUCUUCGAAGGCGACUAUUCCUUGUCGCAGCGAACGCAGGUGCUCGUUGCCAUUGGGUUAUCAGCCAGAGAACUCGCUGGGUUUGAUGUCUCUGAAUACCAGGCCAACGCAUCGUUCCCUUCCAAGCGACUGCCAGAGAAAAUUGAGCAGCUAUACCUCGACUCACCCAAGCAGGGCGAUGCGAACCCCCCAUCUCAACUAAAACCCAUGGCCGCCAAGGCAGCUGACGCCACGACCGGACCCGACAUCCUCAAGCUCCAAACCUUCACAGCCCGCUACAAGUCCACGACCAAAGCAAAGCCCCGAGUCCGUGCAAUCCCCAAUACCACCGCCGCUCUCAUCGCAGAGUCCUUCUUCUACCCUCUUACCGCCCACUUCCAGGUCGCCCUUCGAUCAUCCCGACCCGCUAUCCUCAACCCCGCGCUGCUGGCGUUGUACCUUCAGACGCUGGGCAUAAUCAUCCACUCAGCAGGCCCUUCGACGCUUUCGCUGCCGCAACUCACUACGGAGCUGUGGGAUUUACUUCUCGCUGUUAGGAUUCAUACACAGGAUGAUCUCGGUGCGUUGAAGGGUUGGUUUGUCGCAAUGGCGUCGUUGUUGGAGGUUAAUGAUGGGGAUAUGCGCAGAUUGUGCGAGACUCAGGGGCGGGAGGUCAUGGAGACGCGGGAAUGGGCUGCGACGGUGUUUAAUAAGAUUCGAGGUGAAGAUGGAGGAGAAGAAAACGAGGUCAAGAUGUUAUCCGCGGGCGUACUUAUUAAGCUCGGAGAGGCGAUUGAGAAGUACCAGGCUCUGUUGAUGGGUAACAUGGUUGGCUUCUCAUGA